AUGGCACAGAACGGAAUAACAGAGAAUGGAGUGACUGAAGGAAUCCCUGCCCUGCCUCAGCCUGUCCCUGUCCAGGACAUCACUCACACCAAGAUUUUUAUCGACAAUGAGUGGCACACAUCCUGCGCGGGAAGGACGUUCCCCACCUUCAACCCGGCCACAGGUGUCAAAAUCUGCGACGUGGAAGAGGCCGACAAAGAAGAUGUGGACAAGGCGGUGGAGGCAGCCAAGGCGGCCAUGAAGAGAGGCUCUCCAUGGCGGAAAAUGGAUGCGUCCAGCCGUGGGAGGCUGCUGCUCAAACUGGCCGACUUGAUAGAGAGGGACCGACUCCUGCUGGCGACCCUGGAGACUAUGGACACAGGGAAGCCUUUCCUGCAGUCUUUCUUCAUUGAUCUGGACGGCAGCAUCAACACCCUUCGUUACUACGCAGGCUGGGCUGACAAGGUUCAUGGCAAGAGUCUGCCUGUGGAUGAAAGCUUCAUGUGUUUAACUAAACACGAGCCUGUUGGCGUCUGUGGAGCCAUCAUUCCUUGGAAUUUUCCUCUAUUGAUGUUCACGUGGAAGAUCGCACCGGCCCUGAGCUGUGGAAACACUGUGGUCAUCAAGCCAGCAGAGCAGACCCCCCUCACGGCCCUCCACAUUGGAUCACUCAUCAAAGAGGCGGGCUUCCCUCCAGGAGUUGUAAACAUUGUUCCAGGAUUUGGUCCCACAGCAGGAGCAGCAAUUGCCCGCCACAUGAACAUUGACAAGGUGGCCUUCACUGGUUCUACUGAGGUCGGCCAGCUGAUCAAAGAAGCAGCAGCCAGAAGUAAUCUAAAGAGAGUGACUCUGGAGCUGGGAGGGAAGAACCCCUGCAUUGUGUUUGCUGACUGUAACUUGCAGCUGGCUGUGGAGGAAACCCAGAAGGGAGCUUUUUAUAACCAGGGUCAGUGCUGCACGGCUGCCUCACGAGUCUUUGUGGAGGAAAGUAUUUAUGGAGAGUUUCUACGUUGCAGCAUAGAAAAAGCAAAGAAGAUUGUAAUAGGAGACCCGCUAGACCCACGGACAUCACAUGGACCACAGAUUGACCGACAGCAGUUUGACAAGAUAAUGGAUCUGAUUGAGAGUGGGAAGAAGGAGGGAGCCAAGCUGGAGUAUGGAGGAGUCGCUGUGGGUGACAAAAGCCUCUUCAUUCAACCCACCAUCUUCACAGGACUCAAAGACCACAUGCGCAUCGCCAAGGAAGAGAUCUUUGGUCCAGUGCAGUGUAUAUUCAGCUUUAAGAGCCAGCAGGAGGCCAUAGAGAGAGCAAACAGCUCACAAUAUGGCCUGGUGUCAGCAGUCUUCACAACAAGCAUCGACAGAGCUCUGUCUGUGUCUGCAGCCCUGGAGACUGGCACUGUGUGGAUAAACUGCUAUAACGCCCUUCACGUCCAGACACCCUUUGGAGGCUAUAAGAUGUCAGGGAUUGGACGAGAGCUUGGAGAGUACGCGUUGGCUGAGUACUCAGAGGUGAAAGCAGUGACCAUCAAACUGAGUGAAACCAUGUGA